AUGGCUAAGGAAUUUGAGGCCCUUGAGUUAAACAAGACCUGGGCUGUGGUACCUUUGCCUACAGGGAAGAGAGCAUUACCAUGUAAAUGGGUUUACAAGGUCAAAUACAAAUCAGAUGGAUCAUUAGAAAGAUUUAAAGCUGGAUUGGAAGAAGUGUUUAUGAAAUUCCCACCUGGACUGACACCACAUUCUCCCAACUAUAUCACAGCAGCCUUGAAUUUCAAAGGAUAUUCUCACUCCCUCAAUGACUAUUCAUUGUUCUUCAAAAAAUUAGAAGGGAAGAUCACUAUACUAGCUGUCUAUGUAGACGAUAUCUUAAUUACAUGGGAUGAUCCUAUUGAGCAUAUUCACCUUAAAGAGUUUCUUAAUACUGAGUUUAAGAUCAAGGACCUCGGGCAGGCACACUAUUUUUUGGGUAUGGAAAUCAUACGUGAACAACAUGGUUUAAUCUUAACACAAAAACGUUAUACUUUGGACUUACUAGAUGAAUUUGCCUAUUUUGAGUUAAAACCAGCCCCACCACCACUUGAUCCUACUAGAAAAUUACGAGCCGAUGAAGAUCCCACUUUUUAUCGCUGCCUCUUGGGAAAGUUGAAUUUCCUGACUCACACUCGCCCAGACUUGUCUUUUGCGGUUCAACAUCUAAGUCAAUACAUGCAAGCUCCUCGCCAGUCGCACCUUGAUGUCGUUUUUCAUUGUCAAAGAUGUCUCCUAGAUGAACCAAGUUUGGGCCUUUUUAUGAAUUCUGAUCAAUAUCUCUGCCUUGUCGCCUUUUGUGAUUCUGAUUGGUGA